AUGUUACAUUUCUUUUCCUUUCCUCUGAGGAUAGAGUACCGGCCAGAUCACCUAGUCACUUCCAAGGAAAUUAUUUCUCUUCAGACCGCAAUGAUCGAUUCCGACUUCCGCAUCUCUCACGAGCUCCCAAAGUGUUUUAAUAUUUUACCUUGGCAUGAAAGAAAGAGCGUGUGUGUGAUUUUGAUUCUGGUUCUAACGAUUGUCACGUUUUCGUCGGGUGUAUCGUAUGUGUCCAAGUAUCUAGCUAAGACACAGAUGCUGCACAGUGAAAGUGAUUUGGAUUUUCAAAAUAAAUCGAGACAGUUGUCUGGUAAUGGCCUUGUGUCGAAGGAAACGACAUCAAAGAACCUGUCUAUGUACACACAGAAGGAUAUAUUAAAGAGUUCUGGAAAUGCCUCUCAUAACACGAAGCUGAAUAAGAAAUAUGUUGUGGAUCAUAGCAAAAGCCAGCUUCAAUCUCCAAUCGCUCAGCAUAUCAAUGGGACCAACCACUCACAAGACAAAUUGUCGUAUUUUCGAUCAAAGUUAUCAGAAGCAUAUGCUGUACUUCUGUGGAAAACAAUCAAUGUCUUUAACUCAGUUAUGACUGAAAAUAACAUAACAUACAUGAUGUAUGGCGGAACACUGAUUGGCUCCUACAGACACCACGGUCUUAUACCCUGGGAUGACGACGUCGACUUUCUUGUUCCACUUGCAGCAAACGAUUCUGUCCAACAAGCAUUCUCACGGAUAAGCCACGAAUACACCAUUAACAAGGACUUAAAAUAUUACUGGAAACUGUACUCAGUCCACGCUGACCCUAUCAACCGGUACAAAUGGCGCUGGCCGUUCCUGGAUAUCUUCUUUUUCGCAGAGAACCAAACUCACAUCUGGGAUGUAACCCCGUGGUACGCCGAAUGGUUUUGUUAUCCGAAGACGAUAAUAUUUCCGUUAAGGAGAAGACCUUUCAUGAAUCUAACACUGCCGGCUCCUCACAACCCUCGUGCUGUGAUAGAAACAAACUACAAAAUUGACCGAUGUAAUUCUGGACAGUGGCUUCACAGUGUGGAGGGGCCUGUUCAUGAAGACAAAGUUCCAUGUUCCCUGUUAUUUUCUAAAUUUGCUUUCGUGCAAAGGGCUUACAUGAAUGGAGGUUGCAAUGAAACAUUAGUUAAAAAUGGGGAAAUAGUCAGCUACUUCUUUGAUGAAGGACAGAAUUGUUGA